UGCCUUGCUAUUGGCUGUGGGCCUUAUGCAGCUGCCUGUCAACAAGAUGGCCUUUCUCUCCACCGAUGUUCUGACUCCGAUUAUUUUGGUUGUUCAGAGAACAUACCGUAAAGGUCAGCCUGUGUCAGUUCUGAAAAGGUAGCCAGAUGAACGAGGAAGAGUUUGAAACAGGAUCAGUAUAGCUAGGUUGUGUACAAUUGAAAAACGGACAGUAGGCUUCGAUAUUAACAUUAGGUUGAUAUUGGAAAGUACUCUGCAGCCAGAUAGCUAGCUAGUUUACGUGGACAAGUAAAAGAUAACCCGAGUCACCUGCACCCCUAUCCUUGCUCAAUCUGAUUCAUCGGUCGGUUGUUGAGAGGAAAACAGGCUUACGACCGGGGGGGCUUGCUAGUAACGUUACUGUCAUCAGCACUGUUGCAGGUCAAGUGCUUGCGGAUCUACAGAACAGCCUCAAUUCGUCAGGGCAUGGACUCUACAAGGUGUCAAGUGUUCCACAUGGAUGCUGGCCAAUGUUUUCCACAGUUGGCUGGAUGUUCUUUGGGUGGUGGACCAUUCUUGAUGCACUCAGGGAACUGUUGAGUUUGAAAAACCCAGCAGCGUUGCAGUUCUUGACACAAACCUGUGCGCCUGGCACCUACUUCCAUAGCCCAUUCAAAGGCACUUAAAUAUUUUAGUAGUUCAGCACAGUACAUUAGUGUACUCUAGUGUGCUUUACUGUGAACUGAACUCUUUUCUACUCUGCUGUACUGAAGUAUACUGUACUCAACUUUUUGUGUUGUGCUCAGAAAAACUUGUGAAACAUAGUCUGGUCCAAAUCUGAACCAAUCAUGGAUGUCUAUUUGUGCCAAAAAAGGCCGGUCUGGACCGGACCAAAAAUAAAUCAUCUGUGGGCGUUAAUCUUUUCUCAAAGACGAAAGAAGUAAUCAAACUACAGGAUGAGCACCUAUGUUGUUGAUUGUAUGCCCUGUUCCUGUGACGGUGCCUGCUGGCUUGCGCAGAGAGAAUGAGUGGCGUGGUGCACAGCAGAUGCCCAGCCUAGACGCCGCUGAUAUGCUUCCCUCCGGCCCGUGAUGGACCGAGACACCUUCUCCCACAUCCGACUGUGGUGCCCACGCCCCUUUGGCACCUACUCCCAGAACAAGCCCCGAGGUACGGGGGGCAGUGGGGCAGCCCCCUCCCUCUGCAAGGCUGACACUGCGGGGCGCACGUCGCUGGAGGUCGGGGGAAGUGUGGAUGGCCAGGAGGAGGAGGAGGAUGCCGGCUCCGAGAACAGUCCCCCAGACGCCGACCCGGCCUCGGCACCGCAGGCCCCCUCCACCCCUCCCAGCACCACUCAGAUGGAGGAUGGGAGGGUGCUGCUGGACACCUGGUACGUCAUCAAGCCGGGCAACACCAAGGAGAAGAUUGCCUUCUUCGUGGCCCACCAGUUCAGUGGGGUGGGCCUGCCUCGACCCAGCGCCAUAAAGGUGAAAGGGAACUGGGCCACGGACUGCACUAAGGCCAAGCGCAGGCGGCGCUGCUCCUCCUAUGACCCCCCCGCCCGGGCCCAGACAAACAUUAUCCCUGCCCCCCCGCACCCAGAAGCCUCCACCCCAGAGGACAUCCCGGGAGUGAGCGAGACUGACCUGCUGUCCGUUGCUGAGAUGGUGGCCCUGGUAGAGCAGCGUACAGCCAUGGCCUUGCAGGGCAUGGUGACCCAGGGACAGACUGCCACAGAACACCCCGAACACACGCUCCUGCAGGGCACAGUCUCCGACCCCAGCCCCAUGGUGUUCCUGUCAGAGAGCCCAGAGCCCCCGCACCCCCCACACAGUGUCCUGGAAGAGGAGUCGCAGCAGGAGUCGCAGCGUGUGGCUAAGGCCAUAGCACACUUUGAGUCCCAACAUCAGCUCCUGGAGAACACACUGAGGCCUGUGUCGGGCCUGGACUCCCCCAGGGAGAGGGAGAGGAGCGGGGACUCUGGGCCCACCCACGGCCGAGGUGAAGUGAGGAUUGCCUUCCGGGUAUCCAGCCUAGAUCCUGGCUCGCAGUCAGAGCCCGCAGGCCGGCCCCGCUGCAUGUUCAUGAGCUGUGGGGGAGGAGGGGGCCAGGCGGGGGCCCGGGCCAACGAGAAGAUCACCUGUGAUCUCUACCAGCUGGUCAGCCCCUCGUCACGUGACCCCAGCCUCCUGCUGGCCGGCUCUCCAAAAGCUGACCCCCAUGGGGAGGGCCAUACGGACCGGCCAGCCUCCAGCAGCCCUGACCCCAGCCAGGAGCUCGGCUCUGGGGAGAAGAAGCCUGUGGCCCGGGAGAGGGUGACUGGCUUCCACGUGGAGGUGGUUGUCACGGGUGCUGUAGACCAGUGUGUGUUCUAUGGCAAGGACAGCACAGAGAAUGUGCAAGAGGAGACGGUUUGUUUCGCCAUGCCCAGUGGGGCCGACGGCUCAGAGGACCCCCCUCCAGGCCAGCUGUUCUUCCUGCAGGCCCAGAGAGGGUCUGACGAGGACAGUGGCACCGGCAGCAGCAAUGGAAUGUGCUCUUUGGACUGCACCAAUAACAACAAUCCUGCUGUGGAUGCUGCUGACCGGCCGGACUCCCCCCUGGCCGGCGUGGAGGACUGCUCGGACCCCUCCCUGUGCCGUCUCUACCGCCACGUCUCUCACGACUUCCUGGAGAUCCGCUUCCAGAUCCAGCGGCUGCUGGAGCCUCGUCAGUACAUGCUGCUACUGCCUGACCACAUCAUGGUCAACAUCUUCAGCUACCUGCCCACCCGCUCGCUGGCCGCCCUCAAGUGCACCUGCUACGACUUCAAGGUUCUGAUUGAGAUGUACGGUGUGCCCGCCACCGACUCGCGCUGGAACCAGGACCCGCUGUACCGCGAAGAUCCCUGCAAGCAGUGCAAGCGGCAGUACGAACGGGGCGACGUGUCUCUCUGCCGUUGGCACCCCAAACCUUACCACCACGACCUGCCUUAUGGACGCUCCUAUUGGAUGUGCUGCCGGCGUACGGACAAGGACACACCAGGCUGCCGUGUGGGGCUGCACGACAACAACUGGGUACUGCAGCCCUGCGAGCUGGUGCAGACCCGCGCUAAGAGGGAGGACGGGAGGUAAAGGGGCCCUCCCCAGCACCCCUCUUACUCCCUCUAAACCCCACUGCCCCCUGGUGCUAAACUAAAGACCAGGGUUGGGGUUCUCUCCUGUGUUGUCAGCUCUCUAUCUGCUCGUUAUCACCUUGUUCUGAGUUCUUAGCAGUUGACUAGCUCCCUACUCGGAUGUUAGUACAUGUGAAAACUGGACUCAUGAUGAGUGGGCCCAUGCUGGUGGUAUGGUUCUCUGUGUUCUGCAUGGGGCCUGAUGCUCAACGUUUCUGCUUAUUGGUCAACUGACAGUCGCGUCCUAGCCAUGCUGUCAUUGGUAGAGCUGACCCCAACUUUACUGACCAGAGAGCCAGCCACUGAGGACUGACUGGCUGGCUCACAGAGGGAGCCUGUGAAAGUUUAAAGGUUCAAUGCAGCUGUUUUUAUCUCAAUGUCAAAUAAUUUCUAGGUAACAAUUAAGUACCUUACUGUAAUUGUGUUCAAUUAAAAUGGUAAAAAUAUCAUCUUGGUAAAGAGCAAUUUCUUAAGCAACAAUUUUUGAUAGGACUGUAAUGGGAGGGGAAAACUAGCUGUUAUUGGCAGAGAGGUUUGGAACUCUUUCUUAUUGGUCUAUUAACAAAUUUACUACCUGUUGUCACCGGGCAGGCCAAAAAUCCAUCCCACCAAAACGGGCUGAAAUUUCAGACGGUUUUUAAACAGCUCUUACACUAAAAGGGCAUUUUCACAAUUGCACAGUAUAAUUCCAACUGCAUAGUGUGAAAAUGUAUGUAAAACACAGCCAAAUCACGUUUUUGACUGCACUGGGCCUUUAAUGAAUGAGACUAACAGUGUGGGGCAGGAGAAGGCAAUUUGAUGUCACUUUGUAUGAGUUUUGACUGCUUGUUAUCAAUUCUUUUAGUUUUUUGGUGUGCGCGAAUGUUUGCUGUUAUUUCCUGUUUUUUUUAGGACUGUUCUCCCUCCCUUCACCUCUUUUUAUUUUUUUUACCCCCAACCUGCUAGUCGGCAGAGGGCAGUCUUUUUAUUUUUUACCCCCUCCCCACUAACCCUCAGUCCCAACCUGCUAGUCGGCAGAGGGCAGUCUUUUUAUUUUUUACCCCCUCCCCACUAACCCUCAGUCCCAACCUGCUAGUCGGCAGAGGGCAGUCUUUUUAUUUUUUACCCCCUCCCCACUAACCCCCAGUCCCAACCUGCUAGUCGGCAAGAGGGCAGUCUUUGCCAAAGCCGUCGUUUGCGUCAAUGCGGGUGAAAAGAAACACGGACCAUAGAGCUCUCUACACCAGCUUCCAGCCUUAACCCCACUGGUCCUGCUCACAAUCCCUAAGUCUGCAAAACCUUGACAAAUACAGUAUAGAGAACUUUGUUCACUUGACCCCUCUGACUGGGUAGGGGAGACCACUGUAGGUUUCAGUUGUACAAUGCUAAUGGGAAUGUGCUUCUCAAAUAAACAGAAAUGAUUAAAACUGGAA